GAAUUUCUUGUCUUCGUUCACGUUCAGUGCAAAUCUGACCUUCCUUGUGUCUCACCGUGCGUUCUGCUCCAUUAAAAAGCACGUUUAUGGCUGUUUACAAUGGGUUUUAAUUAUGUUCUGAUUCAGGAAUAGACUUUGUUUGUACAGAGGUGCACAGACGAGGAAGCUGCUGACGUUUGGUUUGCUCUGGAAAAACAUGCGAGAGAUAAGGUGAUCGUUGACGCUAUUUCAAUAUGUCGAAAAGUGGGUACACCUGUGUCCGGCUGGUAUUUGGCUGGUUGAACGUCUUCUUAUGGGUGUCUGCUUGUAUUACACUCGGUAUAGGAAUAUGGCUGAGAGUGUCAUAUGAAGGCUACGUCACACUUGUACCCCAAUAUGGAUAUCUCAGUGCGGAUAUAAUUGCCAUAGGAAUUGGUGCUGUAGCCUUCACCCUAUCAUUUUUAGGCUGUUGUGGCUCUUUGUUCCAAAACAGAUGCAUGCUCAUUGUGUAUUUCAUUUUAGUGAUUCUACUUCUUGUAGCUGAGAUUAUAAGCGGUACUGCGGCCUUCGUGUUCAGAGAAGGGCUUGCCCAUACGGUGAAGGAAGAACUGAAGAAUGGAUUGUUGCUUCAUUACAACCCCAAUGUGACGGGACCUUAUGGUUUACCAGCCAUUUGGGACCAUAUACAAUUGCAGUUCAGAUGCUGUGGUGUGGAAAGCUAUGAAGACUGGUACCUCAUUGGGGCUUGGCCUACGGAAAGGUGGGUCCCAGACUCUUGUUGCCUCCCUGCCGUGAGGGAAAAAGGAUGCGGAAGGACGGACGCUGAUAACUGGUAUGAAGGAGGCUGCUACCAGCCCAUUUAUGCCUGGUUUUUGAACAGAUUGACCACCUUGGGAGCUGUGGGGAUGAUUGUCGCCUUUUUGCAACUAUAUGGAAUGAUAUCUGCCAUGCUGUUGUUCUGUACCAUCAAACAUAAAAUUCUGACGAGAAAGUACAAGUCUUAUAGAGCAUCAUCGUAACACUGUAAUUUGAAAAAGUCUGAUUGGAUUCUUCUGUGUUUGUUCGAAUCUGAAGUAGGUACGGAAGGCCAAAGAUAUAUGCCAAGAUGUAAAAUAUUAUUAAUAUAUAGAUACGUGUAGUGGAUUAUGUAUUCCAUAUAGUAUAUAAUGCAUAUUUUAUUCCUUACUGAUAUUUUAUACUUACUUAUAUAAAUCGAAUCGAUUGAUGUUUAAUGAAUAUAUUAUGUUCUUUGUUUA